UAUCUACAGUUAUCUAUGUUCGACAGAGAUUGUUAUCUCUGAUGUUUGUGGUAUAAUUUUGUUUGGAAAAUUGAAAGCAAGCCUGAAAAGUUUCCUCAGUAGUUUUGGCUGAAAGAAUAUUCAGAUGAAGAUCGAAAUGUUGAAAGUAGAAGUUGAUGAAGAUGAAAUCAAAGAACCAUUCAAUUACAAUGCUCAGUACGUAGAUGAUGAAAGGUCAACUUAUAAAUCAAGUAUUGAAGCUGUUGAACGAUUUGUGGAAGGAAAUGAGGAAUUUGAUAAGAUCAUAGAAACUCCAAAAAAAUAUGAAAAUGAGGUAUUAUCCAAUUCGAAAUUCAAUGAGACUCCCAAGGAGAUUAAUCCAAAGAAAUAUAAGUGCAAUUGUUGCGAUUUUUCUACAGCCCGAAAUAUAAACCUUAAAAGGCAUAUAGAUUCAGUUCACUUGAAGAUAAGGCAAUAUGAGUGUCACCUAUGUGAUUACGCCGCAGCUGAAAAGGCCUCCCUUAAACGUCAUAUGGAAUCAAUUCAUUCAAACUUGAAGGAACAUAAGUGUCACUUAUGCGAUUUUGCUUCAGCUCUAAAAAGGAAUCUUAAAAAGCAUAUAAAUUCAAUGCAUUUGAAUAUAAGGCGCCAUAAGUGUCACCUCUGCGAUUAUGCUGCGACUGAUAGAGGAUCAAUUAAAACUCAUAUUGAAUCAGUCCAUUUGAAUAUAAAGAAUCACCAAUGCUACUUAUGCGAUUUUGAUUCAGCCCGAAAAGUUGAUCUUACAAGACAUAUAAAAUCUGUACAUUUGAACAUCAAGCAGCAUAAGUGUCACUUAUGUGAGUUUGCUACAUCUUAUAAGACAAACCUGAGGGAGCACAUAGAUUCACUCCAUUUGAAUUUGAAGGAGUAUAAAUGUGAAAAAUGUGAUUAUGCCACAUCAUAUAAAGCAGGUUUAAGUCAACAUAUGAAUUCAGCUCAUUUCAAAUCCAAAAAACAUGAAUGUCACCUAUGUGAUUAUAGAUCAGUUCAAAAGAGACAUCUCCAAGAGCAUAUAGAAUCGAUGCAUUUGAAUAUAAAAAAAAAUAAAUGUUAGUUAUGUGACUCUUUGGCUUGUUUAUGUUUAUUUGAAUAUGUAUGUGAAAAUUUGUUUCACCUCUCAGUAUGUAGAUGAUGAAAGGUUAACUAUUAAACCAAAUAUUGAUGUUGUUGAACAAUUUGAAGAAGGAAAUGAAUUGAAUCUAAAGGAUUUGCUAUAAGACCAUACAAUAUACAUACAGGUUGAGCGAUUUUUUGAAUCGGUAAAUGUAUUUAGGAAUCAUUUUUGUGCAUAUGUAUUUCUCAAUAUUAUGUGAUAAAUUGUACUUACAUUCAUAUUUAUGUUUUUAUUACAAUUAAUUAAUACUAUUCAUUUAUAGUUUAAGAUUUUUGAUUGACAAGCCAUGUAAACUUUUGAUGGCAAAUAUUUGUAUGUUUUUAUGGAUUUCUUGUGUGCAAAUGAAUUAUUAUUAUUAUCAAAUACUG